GGGAACUCCUACAAUAUGUUGAAGAGAAAGGUUGUUCUUCAAGCAAUUGUGUCCCAAUGAUGUUCUCAGCAACACUGGGGGAUAAUCAAACAUUUGUGUACAAUCACCAAUGCUGCCAAGAUGAGCUCUGUAACCAAGGGAACUUCCAAGUGCCUCAGAAGUCCUCAAAACCCAAUGGAAUUAAAUGUCCUGCCUGCUACAAUGUGCAUGACAUUUCCUGUGACCCAGUUCUUCUUACCUGCACUGGUACAGAGACAAAGUGUGUAGAAGUUAUUGGCAUAGAUAACCCUAUAUUUUUUAUUUUUGCCAUGGGUUGUGCUACUGAAACUGCCUGCAACUUGAAGAAUAUAAGUAUAUUGAAUAACAUAAAAAUCCGUACCUACUGUGUAGAACAAAGUGGUGGAGACCCCCGCUGAUGUUCAUCACCUCAUCAAUCUUGAAUAAUCCCUUCUUGUUCCAAGUCUUGCUUUGAAGUUUCCAGUGUUACCAAGCUCAUAAUCCUACAAACCUGAAAAGGUUGGAGUCCUCAGAUGACUCCCCUCCCCAGCAUUCCCAAGACAAUGCAGAAUUAAAUUGUUGAUACUUCCUUAA